UACACCGAGGCAGCGUCCCCCUACACCGAGGCAGCGUCCCCCUACACCGCAGCAGCGUCCCCCUACACCGAGGCAGCGUCCCCCUACACCGCAGCAGCGUCUCCCUACACCGAGGCAGCGUCUCCCGACACCGCAUCAGCAGCAGCAGCUGAAGAGGAUGAACCUCAACCAUCCCAAGAAGCACAAAACCCCCAAAGUCAGCCUCUUCAUCCUCCUGUGUCCCCAAAGCCCGAAACCCCUAAGACACCCACCAGGGCCGAACACUCCAGCCCGUCUGUCCCGACGAUUCACGAGCCGGUCUUUGUCCUCCCUAACCCCAACCGCCGACCGGCCCCCGACACCCUCAGCUACUUAGAGUCCGCCAGUUUGAUGUCAGGGACGUUGGAGUCUCUGUCUGGUUUGGGAGAGGACGGAAGCUCAAUUGGCUCAGACUCGGAGGUUAACGGCCUGUCUGUGAGACGCACAGAUAAAUACGGAUUCCUGGGUGGGAAUCAGUACAGUGAAGGCAGCGACAAGGAAGUUCGAGUCGAAGUGGCCAGACAGAGGGAGAUGAAAUGGCUCGAUAUGUUCAACAACUGGGAUAAGUGGGUCAAACAUCGCUUCCAGAAGGUGAAAUUGCGCUGCAGGAAGGGGAUCCCAUCAUCUCUCAGGUCCAAAGCCUGGCAGCUGCUGUCUAACAGUCAGGAGCUCCUAGAUAACAACAUUGGGAAAUUUGAGGAACUGGAGAGAGAGCCAGGAGAAGCUAAAUGGCUCGACAUCAUUGAGAAGGAUCUGCACAGACAGUUUCCCUUCCACGAGAUGUUUGCUGCUCGAGGAGGCCACGGGCAACAGGAUCUGUUCCGAAUCCUGAAGGCCUACACCGUGUACCGGCCUGACGAGGGCUACUGCCAGGCUCAGGCUCCGGUGGCCGCCGUGCUGCUCAUGCAUAUGCCCGCUGAGCAAGCUUUUUGGUGCCUCGUACAGAUAUGUGAGAAAUAUCUUCCUGGAUACUACAGCGCCGGGCUGGAAGCGAUCCAGCUGGACGGCGAGAUCUUCUUCUCCCUGCUGCGGCGUACGUGUCCCAUGGCUUACCGUCAUCUCAAGAAGUUCAAGAUCGACCCGAUUCUCUACAUGACCGAGUGGUUCAUGUGCAUCUUCUCUCGCACCUUACCGUGGUCCAGCGUGCUGCGUGUGUGGGACAUGUUCUUCUGUGAAGGAGUGAAGAUCGUGUUUCGUGUCGGCCUGGUGUUACUCAAACAGAUGUUAGGCUCUGUGGAUAAACUCCGGGAGCUGCAGGGAAUGUACGAGACAAUGGAACGCCUGAGGAACAUCUCACCCGAGUCCGUCAGAGAGGAAAUACUGGUACAGGAGAUUAUUAUCCUCCCGGUGACCGAGUCGCUCAUCGAGAGGGAGUGCAACAUCCAGGUGAGGAAGUGGCGGGAGUCCAGAGGGGCGCUGACACACGAGCCGGUCCGCCGCCUCCACGGUACGAGGGCCAUCUUCGAGUUUAAGCGCCGCGCUUCCGCCAUCAGCUCAGGCGGUAGCUUCUCCUUCCUGGGAAGCUCGAUCCCUCCGCCGGGACCCCUCAGGGCCUCGUCGAGCCUGCUCUCCCUUCCGGGCUUCCGCAAAAACAAAACCCCUUUCCACACCAAGAAGGGCUCCUUCUCCGGGCCUUCGGGAAGAGAGUCGCCAACUGUUCACCUAAAAGCGAGCCCGGUCCACGCUGCCGCUCUUAAACCACCCAUUCCUCCGGGGGCGGGUCAGAAGGCGGCAGCGCCCCACGUUCAGAGCCCCCUGGUUGGGAGCGCCGCCGGCUCGUCGCAGGGCGCUUCAGCUCCUCCGACUCAAAACAUGACACCACCCAAAACUCUCUCUCCCUCCCCGAGGAACACCUCCGAGCAGGUCACUCCCUCCAUCCCCUCUCCCACCGCAAACAACUCCCCUCUGCCGCCGUGCUCAGACCCGAAGAAAGACGCAGAAGCUGCGUCGGCUUCGGCGUCUGAGGCAGCAAGCGGAGAAGAAGACGGCAAGAAAAAGAAGAGGAGCAAAGAAGACAAGAAAAAGGAGAAGGAGGACGAGAAGAAGAAGCUGAAGGAGAAGAAGGAGAAGGAAAAGGCCGAGAAGGAGAGGCUCAAGAAGGAGAAGGAGAGGCUAGAAAAGGAGAAGAAGAAAGGGGGGAAGAAAAAGGACAAAGGUGGUGGAAGUGGAGGAGGAGGAGGAGGAGAGGUCGAGGACAAAAACGGAGCGGCGGCGGCAGCAGCGGCGAGAGAUUCGGCCUAGUUUUUCCACCCCGUCAUUCCAGGAUAAUGAAAAGGGACACUGAACACACACAAAAAAAGAAAAAAGGAACAAAAAAAAAGAGGUCAGGGGGAACAAAAGACCCCCUGAAGAAACGGAGUGAUUAAUAGAAAAGAGAAAAAAAUAAAUAAAAUGGGAUGGCUUCCUGUGUAAAUGCAUCAUUUUGAAGACUUAAUGUUAGUCUAUUGUGGACUAUCGUGGAGAAAACUGGAUUAUGGUUUUUAAUAGCACCUCGAGGGCGGAGGGCAAGGGGUCGGGGGCAGCAGGGGCAACUCUUUUUUGCCCCCCUCCUGCGCCGUCAAUGCUUUUUUCUUCUUUUUUUUUCACCGAGUUUUAAGUAAAAUGGGACAAACUUUCCUCUUUUUUUUCGUCAACUGGAGCACGAGCUGUGAAUCUGUCAGAAAGUCGCAGUCAUUAUCUCGUUUUUUAGUUUUUUUAAAUUGUGUUUGUUUUAUUUUCCUCUUCUUUUUUUCUUCUUUUUAAAAAAAAUAUUAUUUGUAAUCAGCUCGAUGGCAGUGGUGAAUGGAGGAUUGUCACAAAACAGGAAAUAGAAGUGGUGGUGAUGCCACAAAAAUAUGUAAAUAUGUUCAAUUUAAGUAAGUAAAAAAAGAAAAAAAGAAGAAGUACCUACAGUAACAGUACAUAGGAUUACCUGUUAGCACUCCAUAAGCCCCCCCCCCCCCGUCAAUUCCCAUCUGUGGAGAAUUUUAACUGGAUGACUUGAGGCAAAUGGGGAGGAGGAGGAGAAGAAGGAGAGUGGGAGGAGGAGUAGGAGUAAGGAGGGGUUUGGGAAGGAAAAAACAAAAAAAUGCCCCUCGGAAGUCGACUGAAACGCAGGCACUGAAGACGGAAACGCUCGUCAUGUCGUUGGAUGUUGAGGAUGUAUUUAUUGUCAUGUUAAAUGUCGUUGUUGAGUGAGUGUGUGCCUUAUUAAGUAGUGUAGUGAAAUGUGUUACUGUUUAUAUAUGUGUGUGGCCUCCCUGUUUUCCGCCUCCUGCUAAUUUUAUUGUUUUAUUUUAUUUUAUUUCUUUAAAGUUAAACCAUCAUUUUUGAUCCUUUUCUCUCCCAAACUCUUUCUCCUCUGUCACUGGAAUAAAAUCCUGACAAGUGAAACGGAGACGACGACGAUUAAAAAAAGAAAAAAGGAGGGAGAAACUUACAAUUAGAGCCAGACACUUUGUGCUGGGUUUUUUUUUUAAUUAAAGGACAAGUUCACAAUUUUUUUAGUAGUCAGUCAGGAGCCCAAAUGAACAUUAAAAGAGGUAACUGUUAAAAUUAAAUCCCCCUUUUAAUUGUGCUUUAAUGUAAGUGAUGGAAAACAAAAUCCACAAGCUUGUUACUUCUAAUUUCGAUAGCCGAAGCUUCAUAUUAGCUUCAAAUAUACCUUUAAAUUGUCCUCCAUUAAUUAUAAUUAAAUGAAUGAACAGGAGAAAUAAUUACAGCAAGAAAAACAUAAUUUCAGCUCUUGACUGCUGCUUUAAGACAGAUUUAAAAUUGUGAACUUGUCCUUUAAUGGUUUAUUUAAUAUAUGAGGUAUUGUUUAGUUUUUGUCCCUGACAAAACGACUCAUUUGGGAGCUUUUUAUUGUUUUUAUUUCAGGCUUCAGUUUAUUAUAGAUUCUCAUUUUCUUUACAACAAAAAAUAAAAAAGAGGUCACAACAUUAUCGAUAAAUGGUCGAAACAUGCAAAAACCUCAGCAGUGACUAUAUACGCACAAGUCCUGCAGACCAAAUGUCCAUCCAUCUGUUAAAUUUAGUAUUACAUUUUUUUUUUUUUGCUUUGACGAACAAACUAAAUCAUCUUUUUUUUCUCGUAAUUUUAGCCAAAUGUCAGUAUGGGUAAAAAAAAAAAAGAAGAAAAGACUGAAGUUCAGAAACCCAUCAGAAUGUGAUUUUUUUCUUAAGUUCAUGAAGGAUGAUUUUUCUUUAAUUUUUACUUCUUUUUUUUCCUUUUUUCUUUUUGUUGCACUUGUGGUUUUGUCACAUAGCGACCACUGAAGUCGACCACUCCGUUAGUCGGUUAGUUAGUUAGUUAGUUCGUUACGUACGUUCCUAUAGAGAUCGAGUCUCAACGGGCCGGUUUCACACUUCUGAAAUCUGAUGCCUUCUUGAGAACCUUUUUUUAUUUUCAUUUUUAUUUUAUUUUAUAGGAAGCCACUUGACUGGAGAGGUGCCAGGUGUGCCAAUGUAGCAUUAACCUCUGACCUUUGACCUUCGGGCUCUAAUGUAUUUAUGUACAAAGUGGUUAAUUUAAUCAAAAUAUAGUAUAUUAUUCUUAUUAUUAUUAAUUAUUAUUAUUAUUAUUUUGGAUCUGACUAUUUUUCUAUGUGAGUAAAGAGACACCUGGUUGACUGGAAACGAUGGCCGACUGCACAGGGUGUAGUUUGCAGGGGGAUCAUAAAAGUGUAUUACUAUUUUUUAUUUUUUAUUUUGUCUUUCUUUUUCUUUAUUUGCACGUUAAAUCCUCUGCUUUUACACAAACAGAAACUCAAUGCAUGUCUUUUUUUUGUUGCUAUUGUUUUCAGUGUUUUGUCAUUGUUGGUCAACUUAUAAAGCUCACGUGUCUCCGGUUUUACUGAAGUGCAGUAUUAAAAAAAACAAAAACAACAACAACAAAAAAUAUAAUAUUACAUUUAAAAAGAAGAAAAAAGAAAGUGUGAAUGGGAGAAAUGGAGUAAGCGGAGGAGAUUAAACUAUCCUCCGACUGAACAACAAACUUUUUUUUGAGAUGAGUGAUUUUUUUUUGUUUUUGUAGACAUUUUUUUUUGUUGUAUUUUUGGGAGCUGAAGGUCUUAAUCGUACUGUAUGAAAAUACUAAAGAGGGUGAUUUUAAACAUUUUUUUUGGGAGAUCUUCAAUAGGUCUGUCUCACCGAGUUGUGUCGUUAACAUUUCAUGAUGAUGACUUAUUAUUAUUAUCAUUAUUACAAACUAACUUCUCCCCCCUUAACUAUUUACACUCAGUGUUUUCUGUACUGUAACAUAUUUAAUGCAUACAUGAAGCGGCACUGAAACCUCCCCCCAUCAGUAUAUGGAUGACCAGUGCCAGGUAGUUAGUUGUAAACAUUUGAAUGGCAACAACAACAGAAAUAAAAACCAAUGAAUAAAAAAAAAUAAAAUGCUCUUUAACUGUACUGUUUUUGUAGUUAAGGAUUAGAGGGACUUUUCGUGUAACUGUAGCCAACAUGUCCUCCAUAAUCACUGUUUUUCACUUACAGUAUUUCAGGUCUUUACAUAGCUGUCGUUUAAAUAUAUGAUCACACACACACACACACACACACACACACACCCUUAAACACACACACACACACCCUAUCUCUCUCCCUCUCUCUCUCUCUCUCUUCUAUAUUUUGACGCCGGUGCAUUUAUAAAGCACAGAUUAGUGUAGUAUUAGUGAGGAGAAUCUAUGCAAACCUUCCUCCGUCAAUGACUGUUUUGAUAAGUGUGUGUGUGUAUUGACAGCAGCACUGAUUUUUAUUUUUAUUUUUUAUUUUUAUUCUUUUUGGUGGAAAUUAGGCGCUCAGCUGUGCAGUUUAUCGAGGACGGAAAAUCACCGAAAAAUCCUUCUUUUAUCUUUUUUUUUUUUUUUUUUGAUCCUGAAACCUGAAAGUCGUUCCUUGGUUUAUAGGUUUUGAAUUGGGAGGGACUCCACUGAUGCAAAUAUUACAAUAAUAUUUUUAAAAAAGAAGAAAAGAGAAGAAGUUUCAGCUGUUCCUUGUUUUUUCUCCCCAUGCCGUUUGUCUUCUGUGGGUUUUUUUAAGUUUACAUGUCUCUCACUCUCUCUCUCACUCUCUCUCUCUCUCACUCUCACUCUCUCUCUCUCUUACUCUCUCUCUCUCUCUCUCUCUCUCUCUCUCUCUUACUCUCUCUCUCUUUCUCUCUCUCUCUUUCUCUCUCUCUCUCUCUCUUUCUCUCUCUGGCGAAAAGUGAAAUUAAAUCAUAGCUAAUUGAAUUCAUUCCUUCAGAUCUACAACUGAUGUAUUUAAUUGAUGAUGAUGAUGAUGAUGAUGAUGAUGAUAAUGACAUUUGUGAUGAGUA